GACUGCCUCUAAUGGCAUGGUGAGAUGUGUUGAAGAGCAGCUGCGAGGGUGUCCGACGGCAAGGCUCUAGAAGCUGGGCUUGCAACAUCAUGGGCCAGUGUGUCACGAAGUGCAAGAAUCCUUCUUCUACCCUUGGCAGCAAAAAUGGAGAAAGAGAGUCCGGCAGCAAGUCGCAUAGUAAGAGAAGUGCAGUCCACAAAGAUGACCAUGGUUCAGCUUGCGGGAAGUCUUCAGGAGAUAUACUUGUGAAUGGGACCAAGAAAACGGAUGCUGCUGUAGAGUCUAGUCAGCCUCCAAUGUUUUCUGGAGAUACAAAGAAAGACUCUGUUUCCAGCACAGAAGAAUCUUCGCUCCAAAGGAUCGGGGAGUUAUUUAGGAGGUAUAAGGAUGAACGGGAAGAUGCCAUACUAGAAGAAGGAAUGGAACGAUUUUGCAAUGACCUCUGUGUUGAUCCCACUGAAUUUAAAGUGCUAGUUUUGGCUUGGAAAUUCCAGGCUGCUACCAUGUGCAAAUUUACAAGGAAGGAGUUUUUUGAAGGCUGCAAAGCAAUAAAUGCAGACAGCAUUGACGGCAUUUGUGCAAGGUUCCCCAGCCUCUUAAAUGAAGCCAAGCAGGAAGAUAAAUUCAAGGAUCUCUAUCGCUUCACCUUCCAGUUCGGCCUGGACUCUGAAGAAGGCCAGAGGUCGCUGCAUCGGGAAAUAGCCAUUGCCCUUUGGAAAUUAGUCUUCACCCAAAACAAGCCCCCCAUUUUGGACCAGUGGUUACACUUCCUAAUUGAGAACCCCUCAGGAAUCAAGGGAAUCUCCCGGGACACGUGGAACAUGUUUCUAAAUUUUACUCAGGUGAUUGGACCGGACCUUAGCAACUACAGCGAGGACGAGGCCUGGCCGAGUCUCUUCGAUACCUUUGUGGAGUGGGAAAUGGAGCGAAGGAAAAAGGAAGAGGGAACCAAAUGUAUUGCGUCUUCGGACACAGAGGGCCUGUGUGCGGAGGAACAGACUUAGCGGCGUCGACGCAGCAGUGACGAAAGCAACCUGUUGCCCUUCGUGAAAUGUAAACUCUGGAUGUUUCUGGAAAUGACCGAGGAUCCAGAUUUUUCUACUUUACACCUUUUUCUGCCUUGUCUUUGAAAGGGCUCUAAAAUGCUGUAUCCUGUUUUAGGCACUUUCUUAAUUUUGGUUAUUCCUUUUACUCUUGCCCUGAAAUAUUUGACCCUGGCUACAAGUUAAGCAUUUGGUUUUUUGUUUUUUUUUUUUUUAAGACUUCAGAUUAGUAUAAGUAAGUCUGAUAUUUCUUGCACAAUGUAGAUCUAUUUAGUUAGGUUAAAUUAACAUUGCUAAAUUAUACAGUGCCAGAAAGUUUUUCAUACUACAUCUGUCAGGGCAGAUCUGUACUGUGUGUAGUGCUGUUUACAUUGUUGAAAUUUUAGGCUGUAAUAAUUUUAAGGUUUUAUACCAAGAUGAACUGCAGUGUUAACUAUAAAUGCAUUAAUCCCCUGGUAAUAAGGCUCUAAGAAACCAACAUAAGCAACAGCUUUUUGUAAUAUGGCUAAUUCCCAUUUUAAGCUAACUCUUAGUGAAUGAGUCCGGAUCAUUCCUUUUUUUUUGAGUUUCAAACUGAAUGUUGGGAUUGUUUUAUAAAAUUACUGUACCUGUCAGUCAACUGAGUGGUAGAUGAUGAUUUGUAUCUAAAUCUCUUACACAUCAUGUAAUAAAAGAGCAGUACU